AUGAGAAAGCUCAGUUCAGUUCUGCUUGCCGCUGCCGUACUGGGGGCCGCCCACGAAGUCGAGAGCGCCGACUCGGAUGAAAAGGGGUCGGCCGCCCCCGCCGACUGCCUUGUCGACUUCAAUGCGGCUCGAGAACGAGCAGGCCUCGAAGCCUUCAUUGCAGAGACGGAUGCAGAAAAACAGCUACCAACAGGCAAAGACGAGUACCUCGCAGCGAUUUGCUCUGCCAUACAGAAGGCAAGCGGCGGAGCAACGUCUGAGAUUACUGUGGCAGAUGUCAAGCGCGAAGGCACCUAUGCCUACGCGCCAGAGACAGGCCCUGCCGAUGGCUGCUCCGCAGCCGUCUCCUAUUGGAAAAAAGCCUACGUAAACUUUGGCGAACUCCCACCCGAAUACAAGGAAGACACAGAUGUGUAUAAGGAUAGCCGGAACAUCUCGCUUGUGGCCCUGUACAACCCUCAGGACGGCGCCACAGUUGACUGCGCCUACAUCACUUGCCCUGUCUCCACAACGACCACCACAACAACAUCCCCCACUCCCAGUGUUACCAGUGGAACUACAGACGCCCCUACAACGCAGGACGCCAGUGGUGGUGUUCUUCCUUCUAGUGCUGACCCGGAAGCUCUGAGUCCAGCGGGUUCGGAAGUCCAGGGUCGGGCGUCAGCAGGCGCACCCACAUCAUCCCCUGUUUCCCGUGACGAAGAGUCUGAAGACCUUCAGAAGACCGGGCCAUCCGUUCGGCGCCUCUCCACUCCCUCGGAGACGGUUUCGGAGACUGUCACUGGACUCGUUUGCCUCACCAAUCCUGCAGCUCUUCUACAAGGGAAAAAACCCUUCUCAGAAGGCAAGCUGCCGUAUUUGCCUUGCCAUUUCCGUAAACUGUGUCACUGUGAUCGUCUGCUCAUAUGCGUUUAUGCUCGGCAGAACUUGUCGCAUAAAUGGAGCUGCGCACAUUCGCUUGCUAUUCGGUGCGCUCAGGGAGCAGUGUCUGACAUUUCUGUGGAAGAUGCCAAGCGCGAAGGCACCUAUGCCUACGCUCCUGAGACAGGCCCUGACGACGGCUGCUCUGCAGCCGUCUCCUAUUGGAAAGGAGCCCACGUAAAUUUUGGCGAACUCCCGCCCGAAUACAAGGACGACACAGAUGUGUAUGCCGAUAGCCGGAACAUCUCGCUUGUGGCCCUGUACAACCCUCAGGACGGCGCCACAGUUGACUGCGCCUACAUCACUUGCCCUGUCUCCACAACGACCACCACAACAACAACCCCCACUACCAGUGUUACCAGUUUAACUUCACAGGCCCCUGCAACGCCGGAUACCAGUGGUGACUCGGAAGGUCUGAGUCCAGCUGGUUCGGAAGUCCAGGGUCGGGCGUCAGCAGGCGCACCCACAUCGUCCGCUGUUUCCCGUGACGAAGAGUAUGAAGACCCUCAGAAGACCGGGCCAUCCGUUCGGCGCCUCUCCACUCCCUCGGAGACGGUUUCGGAGACGGUCACGGGACUCGUUUGCCUCACCAAUCCUGCGGCUCUUGUACAAGGGAAAAAACCAUUCUCUGAGGAUGUUUGGGCGAACAUAAAGGAAGCCAUAGAAAACUCCGCUUCUGCCUCUACCAAGUCUGCUCUCCUUGCUAUCGCUUUACUUUUGCUCACUUCUUUCAGCGUUCUCUAG